AUUUAACUGAUACAUUUUAUAAUAAAUAUUAUGAGAAGUGCUUCAUACUAUUCUCGGAUCAAAGGAUUAAAGGGUAUCCUGGCCUGUUUAGAUAUAAAUGUUGGCCGCUAGUUUCACGCUACAGGCAGUCGUUACGAGAGCCUUCCACAACUGUUCUAUACCUCCAGCAGUUUGGACGCGCCGCAUUCCAAGUAUAUCAUAGACAAAUUUAUAAAAUGGAUACGGAACAAUUUCGCAAACAUGGCAAAGAAAUGGUGGACUAUAUAUGUGAAUAUUUAGAGACAAUAAAACAUAGAAGAGUGACACCAACGGUAAACCCUGGAUGGUUAAAAAAUCAAAUCCCACUAGAAGCACCUGUACAUCCGGAGGCAUUCGAUGAAAUAAUGAAAGACGUUGAAAACAUUAUUAUGCCAGGAGUAACUCAUUGGCAACAUCCAAGAUUCCAUGCUUAUUUUCCUUCUGGUAAUUCAUUUCCUUCAAUUUUAGCAGAUAUGCUAUCUGAUUCUAUAGCAUGUAUUGGUUUUUCAUGGGCUGCAAGUCCUUCGUGUACCGAAUUGGAAACUAUAGUUUUGGAUUGGCUAGGUAAAGCCAUAGGAUUACCAGAAGAGUUUUUAACAUUUUCAGAAGAAGCAUCAAAAACUAUUAAUUCUGCGAGACAAGGUGAUAGCGAAACCGAAGUACACAAUGGAAAAGGCGGUGGAGUACUUCAGAGUUCAGCAAGUGAGUGCAUAUUUGUUUGUAUGCUAGCAGCUCGAGCUCAAGCAAUAAAACGAUUACGAAAACUUCACCCAUUUAUUGAAGAAGGUGUUCUACUAUCAAAACUGAUGGCUUACUGUUCUAAAGAAUCACACUCGUGCGUGGAAAAAGGGGCUAUGAUGGCGUUUGUUAAAUUACGUAUACUGGAGCCUGAUGAAAAUAAUAGUUUAAGAGGGGCUACGUUAAGACAAGUGAUGGAACAAGACGAAGCGAUGGGAUUAAUACCGUUUUUCGUUUCCACUACAUUAGGAACGACGUCAUGUUGUUCAUUUGACAAUAUACCCGAAAUUGGUUUAGUAUGUCAGCAAUUUGAAACUGUUUGGUUACACGUUGAUGCUGCGUAUGCAGGAAGUGCAUUCAUAUGUCCGGAGUUUCGGUCUCUAAUGAAUGGUGUACAAUAUGCAGACUCUUUUAACCUCAACACAAAUAAGUGGUUGUUAACAAAUUUUGAUUGUUCAUGUCUUUGGGUAAAAGAUCGGUUAAAAUUAACUUGUGCUUUGGUGGUCGAUCCUCUCUAUUUACAACAUGGUUAUGCUGGUGCUGUAGAUUAUAGACACUGGGGUAUACCACUGAGUAGACGUUUCAGAUCACUAAAGCUUUGGUUUGUGCUACGCACAUACGGAAUUUCUGGACUUCAAAAAUAUAUUAGGCAUCAUUGUCAACUAGCAAAACGUUUUGAAAGAUUAGUCAGAAGCGAUAAUAAGUAUGAAGUCUUAAACGAUGUGAAGAUGGGGUUAGUUUGUUUUCGUUUGAAAGACGAUCCGACCAAUAAACUAAAUAAAAAGCUCUUAGAAACCAUUAACGAAUCAGGAAAACUUCACAUGGUGCCGUCAUUAGUACACGAAAAGUAUGUCAUCAGGUUUUGUGUAGUUGCAGAGCAUGCUACAGAAGAUGAUAUUGAUUACGCCUGGAAAAUUAUUAAAGAGACAGCUGUAACAAUCGUGUACAACGAACAAGAACUCACAGAAAAACGAGAAGAACAAGUGGAUGAAGUGUUUGAGUUAUCAGAACGUAAAAAGAAGGAUGAUUUGGCCUACAGGAGAUCAUUCUUUGUUCGAAUGGUCAGUGAUCCAAAAAUAUAUAAUCCUAUAAUUGCUCGAUCAUCCCCUGGAUCUCGCAGACAUACUCAUUUAAGUUCAAUGGAUGAUGAUAUCCAUGAUCCAUUAUCCAUUGCUACAAGUGAUACAGAAGAUACAAUGACUCAACCAGCAAGUUCAUGGAUAAGUUGGCCAUUAGCAUUUUUAUUUCAAGGCGUAUUUGAUGAUAAAGAAGGAAAUGAUGUUCCUUUAAGAUUUAGACAUUUAGCAACUAAAAUGCACUUUAAAUCAAAAAGCAAAUCACCGGAACACUUGGCCACAGAAGAAAACAGAUCACGGCGCAAUUCUCCAGUAUUUCCAAGGAAAUCUAGUUAUAUUAAAACUGAAAAUGAAAGUAACAUGCAAAAAUAA